AUGCCCCCAGUCAAGCCCCAUGUUUCCUCGGACGUUACAGCUGAAGAACGCAGCUCAGCAAUCGAUUUCGUCAACCGAAACAACCUCAUCAUGGAGCAAUUCCAAGUCGAAGAGAUUCUUGCUCAAGCGGCCGAAGGCGUUGUCUUGAGACACUGGCACGGAACAGUCACUGGUGUCGAUGAAAUGCGAGCGUUCUUCAACACCACAUAUCCCUACAUCAUCCCGGGCGUCAGUCGCCAUGCGACCAAUCACAUUGUCGAACGCGACGAAGAGACGGGUGGUGUGACUGUCCGUUAUCAUGAACAGUGCAUACGAUAUGCCUGGCCGUCGGUUUUUGAGACACAGCUCAAAGGAAAAGAAGGAUCUUUUAUCGAAUCAGACGGGGACUUGCCCCAGAUCUGGAUCUAUAACAUGCAUUAUGAUCGGCUGGUGAUGACGGAGACGGGAUGGAAACUAAGGGAGAGAGUACUUGGUCCAGCUGUUGUAAACCCUCGGAUGGAUCCUAAGAACGCGCCAAAGCCGUAG